UUAGCCUGUCUCUUUCACUGAAAGUGAGCACAAUGAGAUCUUCUAUAAUCGACUCCUGCUUGUGAAUAAAAGUUCACUAAGGAGAAACUGCAAUUAUUAACACGUUCUUGUCUUUAGAGCGAGACAAAUAUGUUUUGUGCUGCGCUGCUAACAACCGUUGUUAUUUUAUGCGUAAAAUUUUUGUGUAGCUUUUUGCCGGUUAGCGGUUUUAUCUCUUUGGGGAUUACAACGGCUUAAUUUGUACGCAUAACUGUCAACAUGAGCGACGAAGAAGACGACGGGCUUUCCUCUGUUAUACCGAAGAAACCUGGGCCUGGUAGACCAUCGAGCUCGGUACUGUGGAAAUCGGGAUACAUGACGUACAAUCAGGAUAAAGAAGAAACAACGUGCCACAUCGAUCAGUGUAAUAAAACCUUCAAGAAAAAAAGGACCAGCAAUCUGAAGGAGCACGUGCGCAAGGUUCAUGCGGCAGUAUAUCAGCAGCUGGAGCGAGAAGAACGGGAGAAAGAAACAGAACGUGCCGCCGCUCAGAGUAAGACAGAAGAUAGGCCGCCACCUGGUGGUUACUGGCCAAACGACUCGCCGGACUACAAGAAAGCCGUUGCAGCACUAUCUGGGUUUAUCGUCUGUUCCACGGCAUCUUACAGUUCAGUUGAUCAUCCCUUGUUGAAGAAGUUUUGCCGCAUUCUCAAUCCGCGAUUUCGUAAACCGUCCAAAUCAACAGUUGCUACUCAGUGUCCAAAGUUUUACGCGACAAUGAAAGACCGGAUCAAAGCGGCUAUUAAGAACUGCAAAGGACUGAUCACGAUGUGUGUCGAUAUAUGGACUAAAAGAGGCUUAACAGAAAGCUUUCUCGGCAUAACAGCACAUUUCGUCGACAACAACAUGACGCGUUGGUCAGUGACGUUAGCCGUAAAACUGUUUCCCGGCCGGCACACAGGAGAACGUAUCAGAGAGCUGAUACUUGAAGUUUUGAAAGAAUAUGGUAUAUCCGAAGAAGAUAUCCUGAUUGUGGUAACGGACAACGGAAGCAACAUGGUAGCGGCAUUGAAUGAUGUUGAACGAGAGUUGACAGAGGAUGAAGAGUUGGAAAUCAUUGAAAUGGCGAUGAGCGAACUGGAGCAUGCUGACGAAAGCCAAAUUUUAAACGCCACUUUAUCCCUGGGCAACGAUGAGAACUACGACGGACUGAGCGCAGCUGAGCGGGAUGAAACAGAAAUAACCGAGUCACAAAAAUCACUAGACGACGAAAUUAACGAUUUCUUGGCAUGCGAAGCUGAUCACGAUGCCCAGCUGAGUGACCUUUAUCGGCUUCCUUGUUUUGCUCACACUCUGCAGCUAGUGGCUCGCCAGUUCGACGCAUCGGCAGAACUCAAAGAUGUCGUGAAGAAAGCACUGAAGUUAAUUACUCGGUUCAACUGUUCUGCCAUUGCCACUUCUCGUCUUAUUGAAUUGGCAGGAAAGAAACUCAUCGGAGAUGUUAAGACGCGUUGGAAUUCCACGUUACUGGUGUUGGAAAGGCUUUAUGAGGUUCGCGAAUUCCUUACGAUAGUCGGUCAAGAGCAAAAAUUCGACACGCUUCUGGAAACCGACUAUGAAAAGAUCAAAGCAAUCAUCUUCCUUCUUCGGCCCUUUCACGAGUACACGGAGGCAACCAGUGGAGAAAAAUAUAACACUGCAGAACUCGUUGUUCCCUCGAUCCGCCAGUUACAGGAGCACUUGAAGCUUUGUGCUGGAAAGCGGGUGAUCACCAACACUGCCAAUAAGCUGCUCUCUGAGUUAAAUCGCCGCUUUUCGGUGUUUUUGGAUCCGCGUCACGAGAAGCACAAUCCGUUCUUCUUGGCGGCUGCUUUCCUGCAUCCAACUUACAGGAACCUACUGGAUGAAUCACAGUCAUCGGCAGCGAUGAAGUACAUUAAGGACAUGAACGAACGGGUUCAUAGAAAGGAAGGGCGCGACAAUGUUCCCGAUGACGAUAUCAGCCCAGCGCGUGGCGAACCGGCGGCUAAGAAGGGUAGAUUUAGCCAUCUUAGCGGAAUCCUUGAGAAAAAAUCUGGCACCACUACAUCCAAGGAAAAGAACCCCGUCUUGAAAGAAUGUGCCUUGUUCAAAGCUGAGGACUUUUCAAAAGACAGACUGGUGAAAGACAACUUGGAGCUCGACAGCUUUGAGUUUUGGAAGCAAAGACGCAAUAUUUUCCCAGAAUUGCACAAGGUGGCAAUGUGUAUCGCCAGCGCACCUGCAACCAGCACACCAGUAGAAAGAGUAUUUUCUACUGCCGGAAUAGCAACAUCGGGAAAAAGGAACAGGCUAAGCGGACUGCGGCUCGAAAUGGAGGUUUUACUGCAGCGAAAUUACAAGUUAUUGGAGAUCGACUGAUUUUCCUGCCUGCUUUCAAUUUUCCAUUUUUAUGUUUUCCUUUUUUCACUUUCUUAAAUUUUUCUCUUUUUGAGUAUUUCAUUCUUUGCUGUUUCGUUUUUUUCUUUGCACGGGAGUUUCACCCGGGGUCUCCAUGUAGUCAACGGUUCUCCUGAUCUAGUAAUAAUAAUGAA